CUUUGAGGUUAUGGAUCCCCUUCGGUGUCACCUACGCCUUUAAUAUUUCGCUGCCAAGUGGUUGUGUGACACUGGGAGGAGCACAUAGCGGCUGGGAAAGGGAGGGAGUCGCUCUUUCCCUUCUCUCUGUGUGAAUCCCUAGUCUGUUUGUGCUGUCUCUGCUGUCCCCCCUGUCUUCCGACCUGUGCACACCGCGUCACUCUCCUGCUCCUCAGUUUGGUGCUGGUGGGAAAUAUCUUUUGCACAUUUUACAAAAUUAAAGCGAAAUCAUAUUUUGUUUUUGCAACGAUGAGCGGCGGGGUGUAUGGAGGAGAUGAGGUGGGAGCUCUUGUGUUUGACAUCGGCUCAUACACUGUGAGAGCUGGCUACGCUGGAGAGGACUGCCCCAAGGCGGACUUCCCGACCACCGUGGGACUCAUUAACCAUGAUGAGGCGGCUAUGGAGAUCGAUGGAGAGAAGGACGCUAAGUCGGGGAAGACAUACUACAUUGACACUAACUCCCUGCACGUGCCCAGGGAGGGUGUGGAGGUUAUCUCUCCUCUGAAGAAUGCAAUGAUCGAGGACUGGGAUUGCUUCCAGGCAAUUCUGGAUCACACCUACACCAAGCACAUCAAGUCGGAGCCAAACCUGCACCCUGUCCUCAUGUCGGAAGCACCGUGGAACACCCGGGCCAAGCGAGAGAAGCUGACCGAGCUGAUGUUUGAGCACUACAACAUCCCCGCCUUCUUCCUCUGCAAGACCGCGGUGCUCACUGCCUUCGCUAACGGGCGAUCCACAGGCCUGGUCCUCGAUAGCGGUGCAACCCACACGACUGCUAUCCCCGUGCACGACGGCUACGUCCUGCAGCAAGGCAUUGUCAAGUCUCCCCUGGCUGGUGAUUUCAUCUCGAUGCAGUGCCGGGAGCUGUUCCAGGAAAUGAACAUGGAAAUCACUCCGCCUUACACAAUCGCCUCGAAGGAGCCCGUUCGGGAAGGUGCGUCACCGAAUUGGAAGAGAAAGGAGAAGAUCUGCUACGUCACCAAAUCCUGGCACAAUUACAUGUGCAACGAAGUAAUCCAGGAUUUCCAAGCUUCUGUUCUGCAAGUUUCUGACUCACCGUACGACGAACAGGUCGCUGCUCAAAUGCCCACCAUCCAUUACGAGAUGCCCAAUGGCUACAACUGCGACUACGGGGCUGAGAGACUGCGGAUACCUGAGGGCCUAUUUGAUCCCUCCAAUGUCAAGGGCCUGUCGGGGAACACGAUGCUGGGUGUUAGUCACGUCGUCACUACCAGCAUCGGGAUGUGUGACAUCGAUAUUCGGCCGGGCCUGUAUGGCAGUGUGAUUGUCACCGGGGGCAACACCUUGCUUCAAGGCUUCACCGAUCGGCUGAACCGGGAGCUCUCACAGAAAACACCGCCUGUAAGUAGCCUGAUAUGGAGAUUAACUUCGUUUUGUUGA